GUUUUUUGAUUUCCUCUUUCUCCAAUUUCUCGAUGAUGCUUAUCUCGGUCGCAUGAUUUGAAAUUUUGAGAUUUCUUUUCUUCGAUUGCUAGUGGGUUUUUCUUUAACGUUGAUGGGCUCGAUGAAAGACAUGACGGGCUGCAAAUUUGUUUUUUCUUUUUGGUCGUCAUCUUCUAAGGGGAUUCUGUUGUUUUUUUUUUGUCCACCAUCUAUAGUCUUAAUUUGUGCAAAAUUCCCAAUUUCUAGAAUUUUAAAGGAAAAUAUUAGUUUUCCCCUUUUGUUUUUGGUCUAUUUUUUACGGCAAAUUCAAUGAUUUUGGUAUGAAAUGACCACCCUUUCAUCUUUUUAUAGGGUUUGGGCGUGAAAGAAGUAAAAUAUCAUGAAUUUUGUUUCGUUUUGUUUGUUCUUUUCAGCUUUUGGGUUCUUUUGUGCGAAAAAUUAGGGUUUACCUCUUGGAUUAACAGUUUACUGCUGAAUCUUUUUGAUCGUACAUCUUUUGGUGAGUAUUUUUAUUGUUUUUUUGUGAGGCGCAGUUGAGAGUUGAGACUAAUAUUACGCACAGCAUGACCACUCUGGGACCUCCCAGGCGGGUUGCAAAGAGGCGUUCCCAAGUCAAAAGUCGGGCUAAAAUAGAUGUGGUAGACCUCAAUUCUCCUUCCAUUGUGAGCCACGAACUGGAAAUGUCUUCUGGUUCUGCAUUCUUGCAGGUAUCACAAGGGACAUCUGUUUCUAUGAAUUCACAUCGCAUUCAUCCCACUGGACAGCAUCGUAGUUCUGCAGCACCGUCCAAUGAUGCUCCAAAUAGUUUCAUCAUUGAUGUAGAGGAAAUUGAGGAUGAGGUCCAGCUGCUCCCGCUCCUGGCCUCUGGAAGGUUUCGUGAGGCAAGGAACCUUUCUAGGAGAAAUCAACCUUCAACAGUAUUCCUGGAUGAAGAACUUGACACUGACCCAAGAUCAGUAGCUACAGCCAGAAGUUCAGGAAACAAAAUAGUCAUCAACUGUGAUCUUUAUCCAGAUUUGCAAGAUGAAAAUUCGAAGGGCAAGAAGGUUGUUGAAUCUAUUCAAGAUCCACCAAAGCAACCAACUUUCUCUUGCCCCAUCUGCAUGAACACAAUGACUGAGGCAACGUCAACUAUUUGUGGCCAUAUUUUCUGUAAGAGCUGCAUCGUGGCCUCCAUUCAAGCACAAAAGAAAUGCCCUACAUGUCGAAGAAAGCUCAAUAUGAACAAUUUCCAUAGGGUGUAUCUUCCAAACAGUGACUGGCUGACUGACUGACGAAUGGAGCAGGACUGCUAUUUGAGUCCAUUUUGAAGGGUUUUAUACCCAUCUACCUAUAAUGUUAUAUAAGAUACUCAAGGCUUUCUUUAUUUUGGAAUAGGUUUUAUAUCAAAUGUAAGUCACAUUAACUUACCGUGUGCCAAAAACAAAAAUGUAACAGUUGCAAGUGGAUAUUAGCAUAAUUUUCCUAGUUAGUGUAGUAAACUAUUUGACA